AUGUGCAUGCAAGUCGAAUCGCCCGUCGUGUGGUCGCACAACGACUUAUUGUCAGGUAAUAUUCUCGUUCUCGGGGGGAAGAAGCUUCCCGACGGAGAGGACGACGUGCAGUUCAUCGACUUCGAGUACGGAAGUCACGCGCCGCGCGGAUUCGACAUCGGAAACCACUGGAACGAGUACGCAGGGUUCGAUCUCGAGUGGGAGAGGUUCCCUGCUCGCGACAAGCAGGAGGUGUUUGUGCGAGAGUACCUGUCGGCCGGUGGCGCUGCGCCAGAACGGCGAGAUGUUGAGCGUCUCGUCAGGGAAGCGAACGUGUACGCCCUGGCGAGCCACCUGUUCUGGGGAUAUUGGGCGAUACUGCAGGCGCGCUGGUCGCAGAUCGAUUUCGACUACAUGUCGUACUACGGGAAACGGCUCACAAGGAUGCGACAACUCAUGCGAACCGUAGCUGCGGACUGA